UCUGGGGAAACGAAACCUAACGAAUUGAAAGCAGCAGAGUUUGCGCGUCUGCUCGCUGUUGCGCUUUGGGCCACAGAUCAGAUCCGCUUCGCCUUGAACAGUCGUGUGCCAGUGGGCCCUCAGUGAAAACAGCGAGCAUGAAGAUGCUGGGACUCAACACUCUCCACUUCUUAAUGUUGCAACCUGCAUUGCUGUUCACUCUGAGCGCAGAAGACACAAAGGAAAUUUAUGUUGUGUUGGGCGAGAGAGCGGUGUUACCUUGUGAUGCACACGAGAAGCAGGAGGUUGGCUACAGCGCUAUCAGUUGGUACAAGGUAGGUGACGAUGGUAUCAGGUUGUCAGGCAUUGUUCUGAAGAAUUUCAGGGAGAAGAGGGUGAGGAGCUAUUUAGGAUGCACCAUGAUUGUCACAGCCUCAUCCGUCAGUCCCUACACCUUGACCAUCUACAACGUCUCCAGUGAAGACCUGGGAACAUAUCGUUGCUCUCUGUGGGCGCCGAUCGGCGAGAAAAAUAAAAGCGGACUUGUGAGAGCGACUGUCAAGGGUGGUGCAAGGACAGAAAGUACGGUCUCGACCAUGUGGUUGAUGAUAUCCAUGACAAGUGGCCUGUGCGCUCUUUGUUUAAUCUGUCUUCUGAUCAAGGUCUGCAGCGGACGUAAGGAAAAGUACGGCAAGCUGGGCCAGGAUUUGUCAGACUGCACCAUCCCAGCCAAGGACUGUGGGGUCAUCAAGACGUGACGAAAAGAGUCCGGCUCUGUGAAAGAAAACUUCAAAACACAACUCAAAGACUGUAUAAGAGGGCCAAAUACACUGAACUCUGGCAGCAGCUCCACAAGCACAGAUUAAUCUAUGUACUAGACUAAGUGUCACAUGGGAAGCCUGGUUUCACAACACAAUAUUCCACCAUUCAGGCAUAGCCCCAACUGAUAGGCACGGCAAGCGUAAAGUGGAUUUAUUAAAGCUUAAAAUGACUUGACAUAACAACA